AUGCGAGUCAAAAUAUCGAGUGCACCGCCCCUGCCUGUCUGUAAAGCCUGGUUCAGCGUGUACUCGGCAUCUACAGUUCUCGAACUCAAGCUACUUCUUUGCUCCGAUCUUCCUGCUUUACGCGAUGCUCGGUUGGAUGCGAAAGACCUGGUUUUGGUCCUCGAGGAGUUUGAACUGUUAGACUCAAGUCCUAUUGAUGUUGUCAGGGACGGAGAUCUCAUAGUUAUCAAACGUAACUCGUUGGUUCCGUCUAACAAGCGCAAGGCGCCUACAAGCGAUCAUAGUCCUGCUCGCAAACGGACGAAACAUGUGGCUGAUGAGCUCAGGUCGAAAACCUUGCUAUCUAGCACUGCGACCCACGAAAAACCACGGCCUUAUGUCCAGCGUGGCAGUUCGCCCAGUUCUUCGUCUAGCUCAAAUUCCGAGUCCGAAUCUAACACGAGCAACAGCUCUGAUACAACGUCAGAAUCAGACUCGGGUUCGGAUUCAAACUCUGAAACAUCCUCAUCGGCAUCCUCUGCGUCCUCUUCUCCGUCUGUAGAAGCAACACAACCGGCCCAAAGUAAAGAGAAGACUUGUAGCGUGCUUGGGUCCGUAACUGCUGCGCAGUCCUUAGCAUUUUCGAGAGAUAGUAGGGCAUCUGUUACCGCCACUGUAUUCGUGCCGCCGGGACUGGGUAAACCAUCCACGCACAGCCGCAAUGUUCGCCGGCGACGGAAGAGAAUGUAUGAACGUCUUGCGGCAACGGCAGAACCUGUGAGCGUCAAUGAGAUUCCGUUGGGAUUGAGAACGCGCAUUCCGGAAUCAGCACCACCGCAGCAAAUACCACUUGUCAUGUCAGCUCCCAAACCUUCUAUAGAGGCCACUCAAGAACCUCCGGUCAUCAUGAUGGCGUCCCUCCAAAAUAAGAAUAAGCGGAAGGGUUUCAAAAAGUCUAUGUCGUCCGUAAUACCACCGAAAAUCAUUUUUGAUGUCGAGGACGAUGCGGCGGGACCUAGUCAUUCUACUAUUUCAGCAGAACAAGCUCUGCCAUUCAGUAGCGUUGAUACAAUUGAUCAGGACGUAUACUUGGCAAAUGCACGUCUCAUUCCACCCUCGGAAAAGCAAGAAAGAGGACUACUACCAGCACAUAUGUUUGUUACCAGUGUUGAUGUUGAAGAAGGUCUGCAUCCGAAGAGGAACAAGAGGAAAAAAAGAGCUCGACUGCAGGACCCUGAGGAGGUCGCAGACGAUGAUUACCAACUGCCGUACGAUGAUAUGGAGUAUGGACAAAUCGCCCCGGAGCCUACAGAACGUCUUCGCGCGAGAUCUGUUCCUACGCAUGAGUCCUCGGCGCUAGACCGAGCCGCAGUGAACGCAAAAUGGGUUUCUCUCGUAAAACUCUCUGUGCCCUCUCAACUGAAACCCGAUAUCGUUGUAGCAUGGAAGGAACUCGGUAUAAACCCGACGACGUUCACACCCGAGAUGCUCCUUCAUCUCGGACGAGUCGUCUCGUGUGCUGAACAACUUGUUGUGAAGCCUAUCCUAGAGCACAGUCCUGCAGAGAUUUCCUUUGGUGGGCUUAUCGUAGCCGAGGACGAAGAGGUGGAUCAUGUUGAGAUGGAGCAAGCGUAUCUAUGGAGUGAUGUAACCCAAGGCGAUUGGCGAAUUGUACCGUAG